GCUCGUAGCUUGACCACGCUUAGGCCAAACGGCGACAGUGGCGUGCCUGAAGAAAAGAAGAAGGAAAGUAGACGCGUCGCUGCUAAUACAGAAUACAUCAUGACAGCGAACUAUGAGGCUCUCAAAAAAAGGACUCGGGACGACUACCCGUUCGCCCUGGAGUACCGCACGAGAUGGGCCGACAACGACCAAUACGCACACAUGAACAACGCGACGUACAUCCAACUCUACGAUGCCAUCAUCAACACAUACCUGAUGCAGUUCUGCGGCCUGGAGCCGACGCGCUCGCCGCAGCACGGCAUGGUCGUCCACUCCCACAACGACUACUUCGGAUCUAUCAGCUUCCCGGCCGUGGCUGAGCUGGCGAUGCGGGUCAACAAGCUCGGCAGGACGAGCGUGACCUACGAGAUCGCCCUUUUCGAGAAGGGCGUGGACAAGGUGAGGGCGGUCGGGGAGUUCGUGCAGGUCUUUGUAGACCGCCCCACGGGGAGGCCCUGCGCCGACGGCCUGAACGACGUGCUCCGUCGGGGCCUGGAGCGCAUCCUAGUCAAGACGGACGGACAGGAGGCUUCAACAACACGGCCCAAAGGAAAGCUGUAGAUUGUUCCCUGUCUCCCGCCACUAUAAUCUGCCGGACCAAACAAUGUAUGUAGUCAUGGGAAACGAUUCAACUAGGCGUGAUGACCUAAUAUCUGGUUGCUGCUUCAGCUUUGUGC